CGCCCCUCCCGUCGUCAACAACUGGAUUCCAGCUAUUUGUAUUUUUCGUCAAACUAGCGCUGCUAGCCUGCUAACUAUGACCAAUUGCUUUCGUAUAAAAACGAGGUAGCCUGUUCGGAUAUACGUUUUGUUAAUUGUUGUCUGCUUAAAACACUCUCCGUCGAUAUAGCUCCUGCCCGAUGUGCAGUCCAAUGCAAGCUAAAGGACCGACGAAAGCGGAUAAAUUGCCUUGCACACGGUCCUUUAGCCGCCUGUGAGACCAGCUAACAGCUAACACCGUAGUAGAGAUCUCGUUAGCUGGCUGGCUGACAGCUGGCUAACGUAGCUCUGAUUUACUCCGCGAAACAAUGAAUUGUCUCUGACAUUUAGAGGACUGAGGCCCAGUCGGUUGUCACAUUGGAGUAAACCAGAGCCCAGAAAUAGCAAAGGUGGGACUUGGGUGGCUGCGGUGGUGCCAUUGAGGAUAAGCGGGUGAGCCGUCAGUCAACUUGCCGAUGAACCCCUGGUUUUAAACCUGCCGCAGCUGCCAAUAUGAUGCCGAUGAUAUUGACGGUGUACCUCAGCGAUGGAGAACAGGCGGUGACCGAGGUGCCCAUCACCCCCGAAACAACGUGCCGCGAUGUCGUCGAGUUCUGCAAAGAGCCCGGUGAGAGCGGCUGCCACCUGGCUGAGGUCUGGAGAGGCAACGAGCGAGCGAUCCCCUUCGAACACAUGAUGUAUGAACACUUGCAGAAAUGGGGGCCUCGGAAACAAGAAGUAAAGUUCUUCCUCCGGCACGAAGAUUCACCAACGGAGAGCAGUGAUCAAGGGAGUCAGCAGUCUCAGGAUCAGACGAGUCGCAGAAGUGGAAACACCGGAGAGAAGCACAGUGAGAACGGGGUGGGGAAUCAGCGCGUGGAGCUCACGAUGUCAGAGCUGCAGGAGAUGGCCACGCGGCAGCAGCAGCAAAUCGAGGCUCAGCAGCAGAUGCUCGUCGCAAAGGAGCAACGUUUGCGCUACCUGAAGCAGCAGGAGCGUCGUCAGCAGCAAACCGUUUCAGAGAGCGAGAAGCUGCAGAAGCUGAAGGAGCGCGUGGACAGCCAGGAGGCAAAGCUCAAGAAGAUUCGGGCGAUGAGAGGCCAGGUGGACUACAGCAAGGUCAUCAACGGCAACCUGUCGGCAGAGAUUGAGCAAGUCAGCGGCCUGUUCCAGGAGAAGCAGGUCGAGUUACAGUCAGCAGUGCUGAGGGUUGAGCAGCUCAGCCUGCAGCUGGAGGACCUGCGGAGGGGAAAGCUCAACGGCAUACAGACCGCCCUGGGGGGCCAAGUAUCCGGCACUGCUGCCCUGGAGCUCCGUAAACUCUACCAGGAGCUGCAGAUCCGGAACAAGCUGAAUCAGGAGCAAAACAGCAAGCUGAAGCAACAAAAGGAUCUUCUCAACAAACGCAACAUGGAGGUGACGCUCAUGGACAAGCGCAUCAGCGAGCUGCGGGAACGCCUCUACAAGAAAAAAGCUGAGGCACGUCAAAAAGAAAACCUUCCUCUCAACAGAGCCAACGGGCCUCCCUCUCCCCAGCCAGCUGCUGGUACUCUGGGCCGUGUUGCUGCUGUUGGGCCCUACAUCCAGGUUCCUGUACCGGGUCGACCGGAAGGAGGCUACACCAUACCCGCUGAUCCCCUGAAGCCUCAGACUCUUGGUGUUAAUAACCAGGACAACCACGGCUGCACCAAGUCAGACGGUGUGCGCAAGCCUCCCAGCCCUUGGAAGGUGUCUGAUUUAGACAUCGUUGUGGACCCGGUACCCCCGGCCCUUCCAGAAUCACACCCGGGCACCGGAGCCUCCACUGGCUCUGACGGCACGUCCCCCAAUGAUACAGGUUGGCCUACUUUAGGCAAGACCAACACAUCUCUAAAGCCUCCUGAGAGACGAGACUCUGGGGCCGAUACCCAGGGCAAGAGCCCUCCCUCAGGCUCCCCCGUCGCGCCGAGUGCAGAAAAGGUGCUAGACUCCAAAAUGGCUGUGUCCUCCCCUGCCAUAUCCAAGCCACAGCCUCCUCCCUAUGGCUCCCACCUCAUCCAUGCAACCUCGGCCAGCUCCUUGGAGCGGCGCAAGGACGCGCCUCCUCCUCCUCCUCCUCCUCCUCGCCCGCUCCCGAACCCACCGGCUCCUGCUUGGCCCCGCGUCCCCCCCUCCACAGGCUCGUCCUCCCAGCAGAUCCAGCAGCGGAUCUCGGUGCCGCCAAGUCCCACCUUCCAGCCCAAUGCGCCGCUGUUCCCUCCCGGGCUGAGCGAGCGACUGGACCCCCCGCCCGCUGUGGCAGUACGCCCCUUCAUCCCAGACAGAGGGUCGCGGCCUCAGUCGCCCCGAAAGGGCCCCCCCACCAUGAACUCCAGCUCCAUCUAUCACAUGUACCUCCAGCAGGCAGCGCCAAAGAGCCAGCCACUCAAGCCUGCUCUCAAAGCAGUUUAUGGGAAGCCUGUCCUCCCCCCCAGCUCGACUCCCCCCUCGCCUCUCCCUUUCGUCCAGGCCGGAGGGGCCUUCCCGUUGCUCCAAGGCCACCCGGGGGUUGAGGACGCUUUGGACGGAGAAUUUGACGAUCACGAUUUCUUCCAGCACCACCCGGAGCCCUUAGCGCCUCCUCCCAGUGUGGAGAACAUCCCCCGACCACUCAGCCCCACUAAGCUCACGCCCAUGGUGCACUCCCCGCUGCGCUACCAAAGUGACGCCGAUCUCGAGGUGCUCCGCAAAAAGCUGGCCAACGCUCCGAGACCGCUCAAGAAGCGCAGCUCCAUCACAGAACCGGAGGGCCCCAGCGGACCCAACAUCCAGAAACUGCUCUACCAGAGAUUCAACACUCUAGCGGGAGGCAUAGAGGGAAAUGGAGUCGGUGGAUCAGGAGGUGGCACCGGUGCGGGUAACGGAAUGCCAUUUUAUCAGCCAGCUAAUCCUCCCGCAUAUCUGGGAGGCGACUCAGACAACGGUAACCUCCCCUCUGAGCCACCGCCACCAGGGGCGCAGGAACCGGGCACCGAGGCUCCGCCUCCAUCUACGAACGACAACGAGCCGCUGCCCUCGCCACCAGAGCUGGAUCCUGCCGACGCAGAGGACGACAACAAUAACAACACGGGAGGCUCUGAGGCGUCGCUGCCCAGCCCCGUGCCGGAGGUGACCACUCCAGAGGAGAGCGGCACAGGGGUCUCGCAGCUCCUGGACAAGCGCACAAACCUGAAGAAGCCAAACUCUGAGCGCACCGGCCACGGCUUCAGGGUGAAGUUCAACCCUCUGGCCCUCCUGCUGGACGCCUCGUUGGAGGGAGAGUUUGACCUCGUCCAGAGGAUCAUCUAUGAGGUAUGUCACGACUGUGUGGAAAAUCCAAGCACUGCCAAUGACGAGGGCAUCACACCCCUGCACAACGCAGUGUGUGCGGGACACCACCACAUAGUCAAGUUCCUGCUGGAUUUUGGUGUGAACGUCAACGCUGCAGACAGUGAUGGAUGGACUCCGCUCCACUGCGCCGCCUCCUGCAACAGCGUUCAUCUCUGCAAGGUGUUAGUGGAGUCUGGGGCGGCCAUCUUUGCCAGCACCAUCAGUGAUGUGGAGACUGCUGCGGAUAAAUGCGAGGAAAUGGAGGAGGGUUACAUCCAGUGCUCCCAGUUUCUAUACGGUGUUCAAGAGAAGAUGGGUGUAAUGAACAAGGGGACAGUGUACGCUCUGUGGGAUUACAAAUGUCAGAACCAGGACGAGCUGGCGUUCGGCGAGGGGGACGCCAUCACCAUUCUGCGACGACAGGACGACAGUGAAACGGAGUGGUGGUGGGCGCAGCUUGAGGACAACGAGGGCUACGUGCCCCGCAACCUGCUGGGGCUCUAUCCUCGGAUCAAGCCUCGUCAGCGCUCCCUGGCAUAGUGUCACUCCACUGACCAUCAGCUGAACUAGGAACAAAACCAAGAGCAGAGAACAAUAGGGUCUGGUGCUCUGUCUUCUCCCUGUGGCCAUAACCCCCACUCCCCCUUGUGCUUCUCACAAAAUCCUUUCUUUUUCUCUGAAGCAAUGGGCACCAAAGUCUUGACACACAUAUUUACAGAAGCACACACUUACACAAGCACUCCGAAGGCUCUUAAACCACUCCAUCCUGAUCCCGCUCUCUCUCUCUCUCUCUCUCCUCCCACCUUUCAACCUAUUGCUCCGUCAUCGUCCCGACAUGAUUCACCCCGGUUCAGUGUCCGCUCUGUAUCCGACAUCGACUCGAAGAAUAAAACACUAACCCGCGUCUCAGUAUUUCUUGCAGUGUUCACACUUCUUCCGCCGUGAGUUCUGUGGUGGCACUGGUUGCAUGACACUAAACGGGGACUGGAACGAUCAGCCCUCAUGGUGAGGAGACGACGCUGAUUGUUGUUGUUGGUGAAAUUGACUUUGAAUUUGAUCCCCUUGCACGAAAAACAAACUAACUAACACAGAAAAAUGUGCUCUGUUUGAUUUCGCUGUCUAACCACCAAAGAUGAAUAUAGAUUUUAACAAUUACCCUCCAAUCAGUAGUUCACAGCUCCUUCUAGAUGUCGUCAUGAUUUAGAAAGGAAGAAGGAAAAUGUUGUUGAGUAUUAACUACACGGGCCAGUCCGAACAAAUCAAACGUAUUCAAGCAAAGAUGAAUAUAGAUUGUCAUGAACAUCAUUUUUCAUUCAGUGUCAUCUGUUCAGAACCUGGAUGCAGGGUAAUCCAGCUUUUCUGUUUUAUGGGAUUUCAAGAUCUAUUAAGUUGUGUGAAAAAUACUGAGUCUGGAUGUUUGGUAAUCUGAACGAAUGCUGUAGUUUCCGAAAGAUACUGUGAUGGAAAUAAUCAACAAACAGUAUUUUGCUUUACCAAAAAAAGGUUAAUUGAGAAGCUGUGACUGCAUAACAUCUGGAGAGUGUGUCUAAAACGGUACAAAUGUCAAAUAUAUCUUAAUUUGGGUAUUUAGGGAUUGGGAAAAACAAGUUGUUUUAUAGUUUUAAAUUCCACAGUGGUGAGGCUCCACAGCGACAGAAAGAUGCUCGUUCUUGAUGGUGUUAUUGGGACAUUCUUGCUAAUUUCAAGUCCUUUGCAGUCUGUAUCAUGUUUUCAAACAUUUGCAUUAAGUUGGUCCUCACUUCAAAGAUUCAUUCAUUCAUUUUUUUCUGACUUCUGGCACCUGAUUAGAUUUCACCUUUAACUUGACAACAUGGCAAGAAGAUCAUGAAUUGCAAAUAAUGAAUGAAGUCCAGACACUGUGCCUCAAAACCACUGAAAUCAUCACCCAAACCAUAAUACAAACUGUUUACCACAUUAGAAGUUCACACUCGAUAUCAAUAACCUAGUUAUUUUCUUCUACCAGCUGCUGAGCAUGUCUCUGGUCAUCUAAUGCUGCAGGUAUUUUUCUGUGGCUGUGACAAAACCCCACUUGAAACACUUAAUCUCAGGACCACCAUGGUGCUGCUGACACUGUUCCACCACUAAACUAGUGAUCAUAUUUCUAUUUGUAUCUCUGCAAACAUCACCUUCAUUUGAGCGCCGUACCGAACAAAAACACAGUACAAAAUUGGAAAAUCUCUCUCGGCGAUGGACAAAAAUGAUUGAUAGAUGAAGAGAAGGUUAUUAUGUCUGAAAUGUAAAUCUGUCAGACCUGAUAACCUUCUCCUAGUUCUGUUCCUCCAGCUGCCCCUCUUUCAGGUAUUCACCAUUCCAGUAACACUCAUACAUGUGUUAUACGUCACAUCAUUGAACAUCUAGAGUCCAUCAACUUGUUCUGAGCCUUGAGUGUUAUGCCAAGUGUGCUAGUGGCCCAGGCUCUACAUGGCUUAAUCUGUACAUAGUGUGAGGAGACGUGCUAUAUGUUUGCUGUAUGGACAAGUGGGCUUUCUGUAUGAACGCUGUACUCACAGAUUGAAUUAUGUAAAUGUGAAGAAUAAAACAGAAGCUCUGGCAUGA